CGGACUAUAUAAAUAUCUCCGGUUGCUAAGGGAGGCAAGUCGUAUCUAAGGUUCUUACUAAUUCCUGGUGGAGAGAACAACGUUUGCUUUGCAUAAGAACCUGAUGGAUGGGAAUGACGUUCCAGUGCCUCUGUCCUGCUCUGAGGGAUUCACAGAGUUGGGAUACUACAACGGCACCGUGUCUCAGACGGACUCUGGCGCCCCCUGUCUAAAGUGGACUGAGUUUCCAGACUACGUCAUGCAGUACCCGGGCCGAGGGCUGGGUGACCACAGCUACUGCAGGAACCCAGACCGAGAGUCCAACCCUUGGUGUUUCUUCAGACAAAACUCUGGAGCCAUUGGAUGGGCCUACUGCGACUGCCACCAGGGUGCAGCACGUCUGGUGGGCAGCUCGUCCUCUGGAAGUGGCCGUGUUGAGGUCUACCUGAACAGCCAGUGGGGGGCGGUGUGCGACUCUCACUGGUCAGACAGAGACGCCAGUGUGAUCUGCAGGCAGCUGGGCCUGGGGGACAUUGGCACGGCGUUGCAACACUCGCAGUUUGGCUCCGGCUCCGGCCUCUUCCACUACGAGCGUCUGGGUUGCCGCGGUGACGAGAACACUCUGAGUAAGUGCCGGAGCAGGACGUUCGUCACCGGUGACUGUAGCCAUGGAAACGAGGCAGCAGUGUUGUGUGCGCCACCGGAAGGCAAUGGCUCUCCGCUGCGAUUGGUCGGAGGCGAGGAAGACUUUGAAGGUCGAGUGGAGGUGUUUCACGCAGGAAGGUGGGGGUCCGUCUGCGACGACCAGUGGGACGACAGAGAUGCAGAGGUGGUGUGCAGACAGCUGGGUUUCGGGGGUGUGGCGAAGGCCUGGUCGUGGGCCCACUUUGGUCAGGGUUCAGGCCCGAUCCUGCUGGAUGCUGUGAAGUGCACAGGAAACGAGCUCUUCCUGGAUCAGUGUCCCCAUGGCGACUGGGAGCAGCACAACUGUGACCACAUGGAGGAUGCUGGGGUCUCCUGCAGCCCUUAUACAGAUGGUGUGGUGCGUCUGGUUGGUGGAGACAGUCCAUGGGAAGGUCGGGUUGAAGUUUUCCACAACGGUGACUGGGGGACGGUGUGUGACGACCACUGGGCCCAGCAGCAUGCAGAGGUGGUCUGCAGACAGCUGGGCUACAGGGGUCACGCUGAGCUCGUAUCAGACGGGAUGUUCGGCGAGGGCGUCGGCCUGAUCCUCUUGGAUGACGUCCACUGUGAGGGAUCAGAGACCUCUCUUCUGGACUGUCCACACGGGAUCUGGGGCCGGACUGACUGCUCCCACAGUGAGGAUGUGGGUGUUCGCUGCAGGAGCCGACCCAAUCAAGAAACCAAUGAAGUGCCGGUUAUCGCACCCUCCGCAGGUCCCCUGGUGCGUCUUGUGGGUGGCAGCAGCAGAAAGGAGGGUCGAGUCGAGGUGUAUCUCCAUGGCGACUGGGGAAGUAUUUGUGACUCAGGCUGGAACAACUUGAAUGCAGCCGUGGUGUGCAGACAGCUUGGACACAGUGGUGGAGCAGUAGCAGCUGGAGGCUUCGGUCAGGGGAAAGGGCCCAUACACCUGGACCAGGUGAGGUGCACAGGGAAGGAGGAGUUCUUGGGAGAGUGUCCCUCUCUGGGCCAGAGCAUCCAGGGCUGCAGACGCAGGGUGGAUGCAGGGGUGAAGUGUGACGUUACCCCGCAGGAAUCAGCGGCACGGGCCAAGCCUCAAGAGCUGAGCUGUGGGCUGAGGAAGCUGGUGGAGGAGGAGAGCAAGAGGAGGAACCAGGGGGAGGAAAACAUGCUCAGGACCACGUGGCCAUGGCAGGUGUCAGUGUGGCUUCAGUCUCAAGAAGAAGUUGCCAGUCCUCUCUGUAGCGGCACCCUGAUCAGCCCCUGCUGGGCCCUGACAUCUGCAUACUGUGUCAGCAGGUUUGGCAGCGACCCGUCCAGGUUUGUGGUGCGUGUCGGGGCUUCAGAGCAGACUCUCACCCCGGAGCGGGUGGUGCUUCACAGGAAGUUCAAGGGUCAGAGUGGAGGUCACGAUCUGGCUUUGUUGAAACUACCCAGCACCAAGGGGCACUGUCUGACCUUUGACCUCGAAACCAACGCAGCAUGCCUUCCUGCUGCAGACGCAGCAUCAGGAGGAAAUGCGCCACCUUCUUGUGUUGUCAUGGUUACCACUGGCUGGACAGGACCAGACUCGGUUCUUGCGUCUUGGGUCCCUCUUAUGUCGUCAUGGCAAUGUAAGAAGCGCUAUGGCGACAGCUUUUCCAGCCACGGCACCCUGUGUGCCGGCAGUCCUCCAGACACUAGCCUCCUCCAUGACGACAGUUGUCAGGGCAACUCUGGAGGCGGGCUGGUGUGUCAGGGGGAGAUGGGUCGAUGGGUCCUCACUGGGGUCGUUGCCGGGGGUUACGGCUGCGCCGACCCCUCCUCUCCCGCGCUCUACACUCGAGUCAGCCGCUUCAGGAGCUGGAUCGAGGAGGUCAUCGACACGCGAGCACAUCCAGAGGAGCUGCACGCACACACAAACACACAAGAAGAUCUGACACACAUUGACAAUGACCUAACACACACACAUGAGGAACACACACACGGAGAGGGCAAGGAUAAAUACUUCGACGUGCAUGACGAGCUUAAACACACACACGAUCAACAAGAAACAAAUGAAAUCAAUGAUAUUAAACAAAAACACACACGUCAUUCACACACCAAACAGCACGUUAACACACACACUAAAAGCACACAUGGCCACCGUGUUGGGGAUGCCGACACAAACACACAAAUUCUGGUCUGAUUGAGGCCGUGCCAUUGGCUGACCAUCUGUGCCAUGUGACCGCCUGAGGAGGAGGAAGAUGAAAGUAACCUUUAAAAGAAAAGAAAGAUGCUCCUAACUUAGGUCUGUGCUCAUUUCAAAUCUGAACUCAGUGUUGUGUUUGCGGUUGCUAAUCGUCGGACGAGUACAGCGGUGUGGGUAGACCUUCCUGAGCUGCCAGGAUGACAGAGUGUGUGGGGGAUUUGUGGUACUUUACAUGUGAGCUACAGCCUGUUGAGAGGCAGAACGAUAGCUGGUGGGGUCUGCAACGUUUAGGUUGAGCCUGGCAUGCUGAUCAGGGCCUUUCACUGAUACUGAAAAUGAAAAAAAAUCAGCAUGGCAUGUAUUUUAAGGACAAUAGUGUUAAAAGAUAUUCUGGUGGAUAUUUCUAAGACGGUCACACAAGAAUCUAUGCUAAAAUUCACCUAUUAAUGUGUGUAUUCAGUGUGUUUCGUUAGACAAAUCAAACAAACAAACCACCAGAACAUCUAGAAUAAAGGCUGACUGUAUAUCAUCAUCGUCCCUCUGAGAUUAUAAACACAGAUUAAACUCCUGCAUCACAUGUCACAAUUGAAAAGUUGAUUUUUUUCCAACAGGGCUCAUCUCUUCAGGCUGUUGUCUUAUACCUUUACUGGUGAAAGUGCUGUUUCGACCCAUGACUAAGCUAUGUAACCUGGGACCAUACCAAUGAUUCUUGAUGUUUUAGUGUUAACAUUUAAAAUUGCAGGCUUGAUAUCAGAAAGUCUCUGACUAUUAAUGACUCACCAACCUGAGAGAUUUUUCACAACCUGACAGACCAAACGUUUUGAAUGGCUUACAACUGAGCUAUAAAGCAACAAUUAAUGCAUUAAUAAAGUCAUUACUUACAAUUUA